AUGGCCCUCCGUAAAUGUGGUGACCACCCCGCCCGCUACGUGAACGCCAUGAUUCUUCUGCACUUGUUUGGCGUUCUGGCGUCUACGACGCUGGGGGCGGAGGCUUCCGAUGUUGCGGCGGGAAGGCAGCAACAAAUUGGUGGCAACGGAGAAAGGGCGGCGCCGUCUAUCGCCCCCGCCGCCGGUUGCCCUAGCCGAUGCGGCGAUCUAACCUUCGAUUUCCCCUUCGGUAUCGGCCCCAACUGCUCUCGCAGCUCCGACUUCGAGCUCACCUGUAAUGACACCACUCAGCCUCCUAAGCUCUUCAUGCGUGAUGGCACCACCCAGGUCAUCGACAACAUCACCAUUGUUACCACGGAGAAUACCGACUCCGGUUCAGAGCACUGGGUUAUCCUCCACUUCACCUCCACCGUCUCCUUGAAUUCAUCUGCACCAGUAGUUUCCUGGUCUUUGCCUUCGAUAUCUCUUGGGAAUUCUUUCGAGCUACAUUACUCGGGCCUUAUCUUUUCUGGCUGUGAUUUCGACGUACACUGGGAGAAUCCUCCGGUGAAUACACCGACGUGGGCGUCCAGCUGCACACCUAUCUGCCCUGACGGUGGACUCACAUACACACCGGACUGUGGUUCCGACAUCACUGGAUGUUGCACCAUCUACUUUGUUGACAAUGGCUUUUUUGACGCAAGUUUUUUGUCUUCUGUCCAACUUAAAUUCGUUCGCCAUCAUAGUGGAGCUGAUUCCAACUUACACCACAAUCUGAGCUUAUUGCGGGAUACUGUCAAUGUUACUGUUGCUUCCUUGUCUGCCAAUUGGAGAAUCAUUGAUCCACUAACCUGCGUAGAAGCCAUUAAAGACAAGACAACCUAUGCUUGUGUUAGCAGAAGUAGCGUCUGUCGUGAUGGUAUUGGGCGUUAUGGCUACAACUGCAAGUGCAACACAGGCUACGUGGGCAAUCCAUAUAUUAUCGACGGCUGCAAACCGGACACAGGUUAUAAUCCAUCUCAACAAAAGAGCAACUGUACUCGCAGAUGUGGGAGUAUAGACGUUCCAUUUCCAUUUGGCUUGGAAGAAGGCUGCUUUGCAAGAGAAGAAUUUCAUCUGAAAUGCAACGACACGGCACCAUCCACUCUCCUUUUGGACUCUAUAUGGCAGUAUCACGUGACUAAUAUAAAUGUUGAAGACGGGCUUAUCGAGUACAUUAGCCCGGACGAGAGAAAUAAUCCUGAAACUUGUGGUAUCCGUACAUGGGACGGACAAGAACAAAAUCUGCGAAGUCUUUACCUUAGUUCUGGGAAUGCCACCACCGUUUCUGUGCAAUGGGUUGCUGCCCAAUUAACCUGCCAAGAGGCAAAACAAAACCAGUCCGAGUAUGCGUGUGCAGAAAGUGAAUGUAUAACGAUCCAACAUACCGGUGGCUACUUUGGUUACAGAUGCAAAUGCGCACGUGGAUAUCACGGAAAUCCAUACGUCAAAGGCGGUUGUAUCGAUAUCGACGAGUGCCUUCAACCAAAUAUUUGUCCCGAGAUGUGCAACAAUACCGCUGGAAACUAUACAUGCAUUCAAUGCCCUUACGGUACAGGGUAUGAUCCAGUGCUAAGGCGUUGUACCAGAAAGCACCAAAACCUUCUCUUAGGUAUUGCUAUUGGCCUAAGUGUUGGCCUUGGAAUUCUACUUCUUUGUUUAAGUGGGGUUUUCCUUAUCCGUAGAUGGAGAAGAAAUAUCCAGAGGCAAUUGAAAAAGAAAUAUUUUCGGCAAAACAAAGGUCUUCUUUUGGAGCAACUAAUAUCCUCAGAUGAAAACCAAAGUGAUAACAAAAUUUUCUCCUUGGAGGAGUUGCAAAAGUCAACAAACAACUUUGAUCCCACACGUAUUCUAGGUAGUGGAGGACAUGGUAUGGUCUACAAAGGCAUCUUGUCAGACCAACGUGUGGUGGCCAUAAAAAAGCCUAAGGUCAUCAACGAAGGAGAGAUUAAUCAGUUCAUCAAUGAAGUUGCAAUUCUCUCUCAGAUAAAUCACCGUAAUAUCGUAAAACUUCUUGGAUGUUGUCUUGAAACUGAGGUCCCUCUACUGGUGUAUGAUUUCAUCCCUAAUGGUUCACUAUAUAAGAUUAUACAUGAUGGCCAUCAGAGUAAUAAUGAAUUCUCAUUGUCAUGGGAUGAUUGCUUAAGGAUUGCUACAGAAGCUGCUGGCGCUCUCUGUUACCUCCAUUCUGCAGCAUCAGUAUCGGUUUUUCAUCGUGAUGUGAAAUCUUCUAAUAUACUGUUGGAUGGAAGCUAUACUGCAAAAGUUUCAGAUUUUGGCGCUUCAAGAUUAAUUCCAAUCGAUCAAACCCAUGUUGUUACAAAUGUACAAGGCACAUUUGGGUACCUAGAUCCAGAGUAUUACCAUACUGGGCAAUUGAAUGAGAAGAGUGAUGUCUAUAGUUUUGGUGUUGUUCUUUUAGAGUUGCUUCUAAGAAAGGAGCCUAUCUUUACGAGUGAUUCUGGAUCAAAGAAAAACUUGUCAAAUCACUUCCUUUUGGAGAUGAGAUCAAGGCCAAUCACUGAAAUUGUUGCCCCUCAAGUUCUUGAGCAAGCUUCUGAGGAUGAGGUUACCACAGUUGCCUCUCUUGCUGAGGAGUGCCUGAGGCUCCGGGGUGAAGAAAGACCUACUAUGAAGCAAGUGGAGAUGAAAUUACAACUUUUGAGAAAUAAAGGUUUGAGAUCAGGCAAUGGUAGUACAGAAAGCAGUUACGAGAUACAGCCACCAGUACCUAUAAGACUUGCAACACAUCACUAUCAAUCUUUGCCAACUGAUGGAAAUAAUAGAGCCAAUGCAGCAUCUUCAGGUUGCUAUAGCUUGGAGCAAGAGUUUCUGUCGUCUGCUAGUUUGCCACGAUAA